GCGCAUGAAAACGCGACGUCAGUAGUUCUCAAGUACCCGCCUUAUCCAUGUGUCAAUCCGUCGUGCCGGUCAAACGAGGGACACUUGCCAACUACUUUCCCUCUCGCUCCUUUUAGUUUUCUUUCUCGGGUUAGUGCUUCUCCGAAACAAUUUGUAUAGGAGUGUCUCAUGCUCGGAGCUAGAAUGACUAAUUUACGGAAAUUCAUAGACAUUGGUGCUAAUUUAACAGAUCCUGUGUACCAAGGAAUCUACCAUGGGUUACAAAAACACCAACCAGAUUUGGAUAAAGUGUUAGAGCGGAGUUGGAACAACAAUGUCUCAAAAAUUAUUAUUACAGCUGGCAAUAUGGAAGAUAGCAAGAAGGCUCUUGAGAUAGCGAGAACUGAUGAAAGAUUAUAUUCAACAAUCGGUUGUCACCCAACUCGUUGCCAGGAGCUGGAGGAAUGCGGUGAUCCAGAGGAGUAUCUCAAGUCGCUGUCGGAUUUGGCGCUAAACAACAAGGACAAAAUCGUCGCGAUCGGCGAAAUAGGUCUAGAUUACGACAGACUGCAAUUCUGUCCUAAGGACAUCCAGAAGAAGUACUUUGAGAUGCAGUUGUCCUUGUGUUCCACUCUAAAGUUACCGAUGUUCCUGCACUGUCGCAACGCCAGCGACGACUUUGUGCGAAUUUUGCGGAAACAUAAGGAUAAGCUGACGGCAGGUGUUGUGCAUUCCUUCGAUGGCAAUCCAGAGGACGCGAAUUCCAUACUACAGUUAGGCUUGUACAUCGGUGUUAACGGAUGUUCUUUGAAGACGGAGGAGAACCUCUUCGCGGUUACCACCAUUCCUUCGGAUAGGCUCAUGAUAGAAACUGAUUGUCCGUGGUGCGAGAUCCGGCAGUCACACGUGUCUGCAAAAGAUGUUAUAACGCAUUUUCCGUCUGUGAAAAGAGAGAGAUGGCAGGCCGAUCGGAUGGUUAAAGGGCGAAACGAGCCAUGCACGAUAGUUCAAAUUUUGGAAGUCUUGGCACGAAUCAGGGACGAAGAAGAAGAAUACCUGUGUAACCAAAUUUACAAGAAUACGAUGAAACUUUUUUUCCCGUACGAACUAUAGGUGCAAACAAAACACAAAUUACAUUUACACGACAGGCUAAAACCGACUUAGUAACGGACACCAUAGUCAUAUGACUUAACUACGUUGUAAGAAUUAACGCACGUGCAUUGCCGUAGAUAUCUUACGUUAUCUUAAGAGAACUUUGCGUUGUACGCGACACACAAGCGACUCUUAUAGUAACAUACAAAGCGCUUUUACGUUUUUCUUUAUACGUUCCCGCAGGACUAGCUUUUCUAUCGCGUAACGCAAAGUUCUAAGAUAGAGUAGGUGCUACUGCUAUGUACGUACGCUGGUCCUAACUCUCGACGUUGUAACUAUAGUUAUACUGGCUGCGUGGAGGAAGUUGCUUUGCAAUUAUUAUAAAAUUCGUAAAUCUGAUUGGUAUAUGCUCUUGGAUCCAACCAAAAUUAGGAGUAUACCCCAAUCAGAUUCAUGAAUUUUACAACAGUUGCAAAGCAGCUUUCUCUGCUGAACACAGCCAUUGUACUUUGGUUGUGUUUUGAUAUUCACACCUCUAGUGCUGAAAACCUGUAGAGAGAGAGAGAGGGGGAGGGAAGAAGGGAGCGAGAGAGAGAGAGAAAGGGAGGAGGGGGAGAGAGAGAGAGAGUCCACAUGUUACCUACUCAAUGGUCCAAUGAGAGAACUUAGCCAAUGGUCUAUGAGAGAAUAAAUCUUUGACUAAUGCUCAGAGAAAAGUUCUCUUAUUGGACCAUUAACUGCGUGCUGAACUGCAUUGGAAAAGUGUUCAAAUCGUUUUGAAACAGGAUGCACAUGUCUUACAGUAUAUUUACAAGACAAUUGUUUAGACCAUAUAUAACAUCGAUAAUUUUGACAUCAGGGGUUAUCGAAUCUGUUUUAAGUUCUUUAUGCAAAUGUAUACUGAUGUUACUAAACUGGUUUCAAAUUGCCGCGUAAACGUAGUUACAGAAAUGCAAGUAGACACCAGAAGCUGACGUUAAUAACACAUCCGUGGGAGUAAUCAGGGAUGAAAACUGUGACCGUAUAUAGAAAGGCUGCGUUCAGCGAACACAACAUUUAUAAAAAAUGAAUGUAAUUAAUGGAUUUAAAAACCCAUAUUCCGAACUCUCUUUUAUCGCUAAAAGCGCCUUUAAAAUCCACUUUCAAAAUUUAACCGAAAUUUAACUCAAAGACCUAUCCAGACAAACUUGAAUUGUCAUAUUAUUUAUAUGCACAAAGAAUCGUGAUUCGUAUAUAGUAAAAGGAUAUCUCUUAUAUUAAAUAUGUUUUACAUUAGACAAUUUCCUUGUGUGUAUAGAUAAUACGACUAUACAAAUUUAUUUGGACAAAUUUUUAACAAGUUGAACUCUGGUUAAAGCAAGUGUGGAACUAGACCUAAAAAGUCUUGUAAGCCUUCUGAUUGGUCAUAAGCAACUUUUAGGAACGCUUUUAGAUAUAAAAAUGAAUUAAGAACAUGGGCCAAAGAGUACACACCAAUUAGAUUUUUACUCAACACUUGACAACCGUUUUGUUCACUGAACGCAAAUAAUAAGCCUGUUCUUUUUUUCGGGAAACUUCCUGAACUUGUGCACACUAAUGCAAUAAGUUAGAGUGAAGCAACGUCUUUUUUUAACUUAUUGUACUAGUUCAAAAAGUUCUUCAAAAAAGAACAGGCCUAAUGGCAAAGACCGCUACUCGCUCUGCCACAGAAAAAACAGAUGACACUAAUUUUUACAGAUGUAGCUUUAUGGAGGUGGCUUCUGUCACUAUCCACGGAUCUCUUCCCAUAUAAAACUUUAAUAUAUUGUUAUAAUCAUGUUCAUCUAUUUCAUCUUGUCACCAUUAUUACUACUGUCAUCUCAUUAUAUUAUUAUUACUAUUUAUAAGAUAUUUAUUAAUAUUAUUCUGCUAUUCCUACAAAUAUAUCACUGUUGUUACUGUUAUUGCUAUAACCCAUCGCACCAGAUGUUAAAAUAUUUCAUUAAUUAAUUGCUAUAAAGAGUCUUUACACCUUCGGUCGUUCCUUUUUUAUUAUAUCUACAAGAAAAGCUUUGCUACGAAAAAUUGUACUUUUAUUUAAUAACUCAGUAAUUGAAGUAAUCAAUCAAUAUUUUCAAAAUUAUAAAUGAAAAUACAAAAUAUAUUAAAGUCUACCAUACGCACAGAGACUAACACGUGUUAUCUAGAUUACUUGAAUAAUGAUUUCCAAGUCACAAGUAUCUUAAUAAAAGAGAAUGUCUACGAUUAUUCGUAUUUAUCAUAAGCUCACAAAAUUUUUCAUGUCAGGACCAAAGACCAAAAGGCAAUAUAGAUACUUUUUCUUCUCUUUCUUUUUUAGAAAUAUCACAGGUAAAAUGGCCGACGCAUUCCUGAUGUUCAAAAGUAUUAAUACAACUCUUCAACUUCUGUCAUAAAUAAUAAAUGCUGAUGUAUGAAGGGGAGGCAGGUUUCUGUCUCGUUACCGACGCAAUGAAUUGCGUUGUAAUGUAGAACAAACCGCUGGAUUUAUUAUUCAUGACAUUUUGGAAAGAGUUUGCACUUUUUCGUACACCCAGUCGUACGUUUCACUCGCGUAUGAUAGUGUUGUGCGUAUCGUCCAUACGGCGCAAUUUCCGAGAUUCUCUGGGCUAAGUUUGCCU